AUGUCAAAACUUAAAACGGGGAUCAUUCACGCCCCAGGACCCCUAUUCCAAGGAGUACCCAAUCCAGCACACUACGUCUACGUACAAUCUACAAGCAAAGCACAUACAACCCUUUAUGCAAGCACACAAGAAUACAAGUACACAAUUAGCACAUCGCAAAGCAUCGGAAAAAAUCUAAAACUAUCACUAUCCAUCUAUCCAUCAUCAAUCCAAUCCAAUCCAAUCCAAUCCAAUCCAAUCCAAAUCCCCGUUCCCGUUCCCGUCCCCCUCCAGCGGCUAUCAAAUAAAAUUCCAUAUACACACGUAACUCUCGUACAAAAUGCGAAAAUCCGAGUAUCCUCACACGCCAAGCAAAGUAAAGUCGCAAAUCAGAAUCAGCAAACCGAGUCCCGAGUCCGCGUCCGCGUGCAAGUCCCAGUACGAGAGCGAAUCCGAGUCUGA